AUGCCGCGGAUCAGCCUCGGAGACACCUCCAGCUUCGUCUGCACGACCGACCCGGACGAUUUUGGCCUCGGUUUCAACAUCGUGGAGGCCAACGGCUGCACCAAGGCCGGCGCGCUCAUCCUCAACACCUUCGACGACCUAGAAGCCGACGUCCUCGCCGCUCUCCGCGCCGAAUACCCGCGCAUCUACACUGUCGGUCCCCUAGGCCCCCUCCUCAACCACCACCCAAGGGCAAGGGACGACGACGCCUCCGGCUCCGCCAGCGGCCUGGGCCUGUGGAAGCAGGACAGCGAGUGCCUCGCGUGGUUGGACACGCAACAACCGGGCUCCAUCAUGUACGCCAACUUUGGCAGCCUUACGGUCCUCUCCACCAACCAGCUCGCCGAGUUCGCGUGGGGCCUCGCCGCCAGCGGCCAACCGUUUCUCUGGUCCAUCUGGGACAACCUCGUCCCCGGCGCUGGCUUGAGCUCACUGCCGGCGGAGUUCGUCGCGGCGACUGCAGGGCGGUGCUUCCUGACCACGUGGUGCCCGCAGGAUCAGGUGCUAGGGCACCCGGCCGUGGGAUGCUUCCUGACGCAUAACGGGUGGAACUCGACCUGCGAGAGCGUGGCUGCCGGAGUGCCGAUGGUGUGCUGGCCGGGGUUCGUCGACCAGUACACCAAGUGCAAGUACGCCUGCGAGGUGUGGGGUGUGGGCGUCCGGCUUGACGACGAGGUGAGGAGGGAGCAGGUGGCUAGCCACGUCAGGCAUGUGAUGAAGGCGGAGGACAUGCGGGGGAGCACGGCUGGGUGGAAGGUCAACGCGGAGGAGGCCGCGGCGCCCGGCGGGGUGUCCUGGGAGAACCUGCGGAGCAUGGUCAAAGAGCUCGGCUCUGUCAAUGCUGAAGCUUGA